GAAUCAAGUCAUGAUGUGAUACAGGAAAGACUUGUCAUGAAGUAUUUCCUCGUCGGGAUUUAAAUGCUUUAUUGGCCAUUUAAUGAUUUAUUGGCCAUUUAACUGUGCUUUUUCCUGAGGCGGGGUUUCACAAGAAUUGUCAGAUUAAAAUUGUUAAGAUAACCAACAUUCUUAUUCUGAUGGCUGCUGAACAGUAGGUUAAACCCCUCCCUACUAAGGGCAUAUCUCGGAUGGGAGUGGACCCACAAGCUUUUUCCAUUCUAGAGCAGAUGACGUCUACCCACGGGACCUAAAGGCAGUUCAAAUCUAGAGAACAACACUGAAUGUACUCUUCCAGAGACCAGCUCUUAUGAACAGACACCUUGGCAUUGGAUAACAUAAAUCAAGCCAAUGGAAGGUAUGACUGAAAAUGCUACGUAUACUCUGAAACCAACAUCUAUAACCGGAGACACAAAUUCCUGGAUUAUUAUAGGCUUUGCCGCACUUGCUGGAGGUCUCUUCAUUCUACUGUGCUGUGUGAUCUGCUUCCAGGAGAUGAGAAAGAUUUAUAUGCAGCGCAUAUUGGUCAACUUUAAAGCCAAGGACACCGUAUAUGAUGGUCAUGUAGACUUCACAUUGAACCCCAAAGAGUUCUGGGAAAGACUCAAGUUGGAUGAGUUGGCAUUCGAUGAACAGAUGAAGGAGAGACUUCAAUCCAUUCUCAUCCCCCGGGAAAAACUCUCUUUCCAUAAAGUCAUCGGCGAAGGCCAAUACUCCCAGGUUCAUCUCGGUAUGUUAGCCACUGAGUCUACCUACAGAGUGGAGCGAAAAGUGGCUGUCAAGAUAAUCAAAGAAAACUGGAAUGGUCAGGCUAGAAAUCUCAUCGAAGAAGGAAUGAUGACAGUGGACUUCAGUCAUCCCAAUGUUCUGAAAAUCAUGGGAAUAAGUCUUGAAUAUGAACUCUCCAAGAUGAUCAAACCAUUGAUUGUCAUGCCCUACUUGGAGAAGGGAGACUUGAACUCCUUCUUAAGAGACUCCAGACUUGUCCACAAGACAGAGCUGGCUUUGCACUGGCGCCUUGACAUGAUGAUUCAGAUAGCAGCUGGAAUGGAAUACAUCUCAGACAAGAAGAUCAUCCACAGGGAUCUGGCAACUAGAAACUGCAUGCUGGAUGACAACUUCAAAAUCAUGGUGGCUGAUUUUGGCCUAGCCAGGAAGACCAACGGGAACAACUUCUAUAAGAUGAGGACACAACAGAGUACAUCCAACUCACUCCCAAUCAAAUGGGUUGCUUUGGAAGGCCUGAAUGAUGGCAUCUUUACUACAAUGAGUGAUGUGUGGUCAUUUGGUGUAACAAUAUGGGAGAUUUUCUGCCAUGCCAAGAUACCUUAUGCUGGGCUUAGGAAUCACGAGAUGCUACUUCAUCUUGAAGAAGGCCACCGCCUCCAUCAGCCGGACGGUUGCCCAAACUCCUUAUACAGCUUGAUGUUAGGCUGCUGGAAUGUGGAUCCUACCAGACGGCCAACCUUUAGAGACCUGAGAGAAAAUCUGGAGAUUUUGAAAGGAAUGAUGCAUAAAGAACCUGCAGGAUCUUCCGAUACAUAUGACCAGCAGGCAUCAGCCACAUGGCCAAGCCCUCCUCCACCCCUGCAGCCUUCACUCUACACACAAAUCUGGGUGUAAUGGGGGACUUUUGGGACGCUCGGUGGCAUCAGACUUACCUGGUAAAUCCGUUGUUCUUGGUUAUGUGCGCGUGCUCAGAACUACGUAAACAAUAGACCUUAUUGCAAAUACUCAGUACGCGCGCAUAAGCCGUGGAAUGAGGUGCAUGCUGGUAUACCUAGCGAUCAAGUUUGAUUGCUGGGUAGACUAGCGUGCACCUCAUUCAACAGUUAGCGCUUGCACAAUGGGUCUAUAGACCUUAUCGUAAAUACUCAGGUGCAUACGUUAGGCAUGGAAUUAGGUACAUUCUGGGAUAGCUAGGGAUCAACAGUUGGCGCUUGUGCAAAGGGUAUUUGCGAAAAGGUCUAGGGAAUAUUUACCUAGUGUAAGUCUGCUGCCACCUAGCGUUUCAAACUCUCCCAUUUGGUCAAUAUUGACUGGGCUGGCAGUGUGACAGCCAUAGUUUGCCCUACUGCUGGAAGGAUAUUUUUUUAUGGAUAGCCCUUUAUUGACCCAAUGCACCCAACAGUUGCGCCAUUUUGGGAGUAAACAUUCUUGUGUGUUGUACAUUUACAACUUGUGGGGAAAAAUCGCUCUAUGCAUGGGAUCCUGCAGUUGUGGUGAUUUGAAAUCUGGCGGUUACUUGACCCUUUUUUUGUUGGUCAUAUGUUACAACGGAAGAUGUAAACAAAAAUAUAUAUAGGACUAGGUCGUACAACACCACAGUUACUGGUUCUAAGCAGUUUGUAGGCCUACACCUAAAUAUUUAGCCUUGUACAACAUUCAUUUUAUCUCCGGUCUCUUCUUUAUGCACUGUCCACAAUUUAAUGAUGAUUCACACAAUGAACAUGUGACGAGUCACGAUGUUAUCAGAUUACCAGAUUAGGUAAAAAGAUAAUGUUUGAUAUGAGUUUCUAUUUCUAUUCGCUGGUGCAAUUUAGUUUCCAUCUUUAAUGACUAUUGCACACACAGAAGAACACACCACCUUAUAAAAAACAGAUACUUAGAAACGUCAUUGUUUAAUUUUAGUCUGAGAGCUCACUGGUUCUAAAGGUCAUACUUGAACCACUGUUUUUCUCCUGUGAUAUAUUUUUCUCUGAAGAGAAGUCAUAUUUGCCAAAAUAUGUAUCUUAAAAACCUACCCCCCCCCCCAAAGAAAAAAAAAAAAGAUUUCCCACUAUUCUCUGAAUCUGGGCGGUUAUUUUGUCAGUUUUACCAACCCUGUACCGUACCUUAAAUUCAAGGGUUGAGCUCACUUUUUAAAAACAUGAAGCUUUUCAUGAGUGUUUCAAGAACUACUUUUCUUUUCUCAUCAUGAAACUGAAAGUGGUGUUUAAUGCCAAACUAAAACCACUAUUUGAACUUUGUAAAAGCUACAUGUAGGUAGACCUAAUUCAGUUGAGUUAAUUGUGCUCAAAUAUAUUUUCCUAUAAUUGUUCAGUACUCAACUUUCUGAUUUAGCUGCUAUAUCCAGAAAUUUACAAUAUGAAUCUACAAAAAGAUGUGUGUAUUUCAUCUAAUUGAUGUUGAAAAAGAUUUCUGUAUAUAAGUUGGAUAUGACAUGCAAAUUUGUUUUGUUCCCCCUGUAUUCCACAAGCACAUGCACAUGUGGUAAAGAAUUGAUCUUUAAAGACAGUGGACACUAUUGGUAAUUGUCAAAGACAAGUCUUCUCACUUAAAAUGAGAAACCUGUGAAAAUUUGAGCUCGAUUGGUCGUCGGAGUUGCGAGAUAUUAAUGAAAGAAAAAAACACCCGUGAAACACGAAAUUUUGUGCAGUUGGAUGCUUGAUUUCAAGACCUCAAAUUCUAAACUUGAGGUCUCGAAAUCAAAUUCGUGGAAAAUUACCUCUUUCUC